UCAUUCUUUCUCACUUCACACAGAGGGAGGAAUCCCGACAGGAUGUGUGUGUGCUGGCUCCGCCCCUCAGUACAGGCAGGCAUGUGUCGCCUCACACACCUACUCUUCCUCUUGGGAGUGGCCCUGGCAAAGUAUGACCCAACCUGGAAUUCCCUAGACACUCGCCCACUGCCACCCUGGUACGAUGGUGCCAAGAUCGGCAUCUUCCUCCACUGGGGUGUCUUCUCUGUCCCCUCCUUUGGCUCUGAGUGGUUCUGGCAAAACUGGCAAGGUAGUCAUGGUAAACAGUACGUGGAGUUCAUGAAGGAAAACUACCGGCCCGGCUUCACCUACCAGGACUUCGCUCCUCAGUUCACGGCGGAGUUCUACGACCCCGAGGAAUGGGCGAGUAUUUUCAACGCCUCUGGGGCUCGCUACGUGGUCCUCACCAGCAAGCACCACGAAGGUUUCACCAACUGGCCCUCAAAAUACUCCUGGAACUGGAACUCCAUGGACGUCGGGCCAAAGAGAGAUUUACUCGGUGAUUUGGCUAAGGCCAUCAGGUCUAAGACUCCAAAAAUCCACUUCGGAUUGUAUCACUCCCUUUACGAGUGGUUUCAUCCUCUCUACCUGCAGGACAAGACCAACGAGUUUCAGACCAGUAACUUCGUGAAGACAAAGACCAUGCCCGAAUUGUAUGAACUGGUGAACGACUACCAGCCGGAAGUGGUGUGGUCAGACGGUGACUGGGAGACGGAGGACUGGUACUGGAAUUCCACUGUUUUCCUGGCGUGGCUCUUCAACGACUCCCCAGUCAAGGAUACCGUUGUGGUCAACGACAGAUGGGGCAGGGGUAUCCCUUGUCACCACGGCUCCUAUUACACUUGUACUGAUCGCUACAAUCCAGGGGUGCUACAGCCACACAAGUGGGAGAACUGCAUGACGUUGGACCGACACUCGUGGGGUUACCGCCGCAACUCACGAGUAGCUGACUACCUCACCCCUCUCGAUCUCAUCACAGAGAUGGCCAUGACUAUCAGCUGUGGCGGCAAUAUAUUGAUCAACGCUGGCCCAACCCACGACGGUCGCAUCCCACCCAUCAUGGAGGAACGACUGCGGCAGCUGGGCUCCUGGCUCAACAUCAAUGGUGACGCCGUGUAUGACUCAAGACCCUGGAUACACCAGAACGACAGUGUCACACCUGGAGUGUGGUUCACUAGCAAAGGCGAUGAGGUUUUCGCCAUCGUUUUAUCGUGGCCUAAGAACGACGUACUCAACUUGGGGUCGGUCGUCUCCACACCUACGACACACCUGUCCAUCUUGGGUUACCACGAAAAUAACAUCAGACGAAAUCUUCAUUUUAAGUCAGCGAUUAAGAGGAUGCAGGUGGUGUUCCCGCCUAUGUCAGACAUAAACAGCCAGUGGGCGUGGGUGGUGGUCAUGUCAGGAGUCAAGCCAGCUUCGAGGCCCUCACUGCCACCUAAAAUCAUGUCCUUCAACACACCGUAGCCGGCGUCAUGAUACCUCAGUCCCGGGUCAUGCAUGAAUAACUUACUUGGCCAUGUUACAAGUUAUUGAACUGUUUGUCCCUUUUCAUGUCUAUAGUCAUGCUGCAUAACAUAUCCCGAUCUUAUAACGUAUCGGUUCAUAUCCCAGGUAAUGGCAGACUUGGUCUUGUUCCUGGUAAGUUUGGUCACCACGUCACAGCUGUUGUAGCUGCACACAAAGAUCCUAACUUCGACAUUAAAGUCAUGUUGAUACAAAUUAUACCUGUAACGCCAGUUCUUCAAUUAUAACAAGUGUUUCUGUUGCUUGUUAAGGUACAGGAGGGUGACGUGGUUUAGAUUAAUAUUCAUUCUUGUAGGCAGUGACUAAGCGUUCUUUUGACAACUGGUAUAUCAAUUGACUCACUACAUCAUAUCCUGUAUAUUGGACUAUGUUUAAACUGCUUGUUGAUGAUACAUUUACAAUGUGUUUAAGAGAUAAUUCGACCGAGUAUAUGUGAUCAUUUAUAUGAAUGUGAAUUAUCAAUGAAAUAUGGUGUGAGUAAUAUUGAAUUAGUAAUUUACAAUUGUCAUUUGAAUGAGUUUCAAGGUGUUGAAGUUUAUCUGCAGAUGAAUAUUAGCAAUAAAGAGUUUAAGGAAA